GCCCUCUCUUCCUGUUCUCCACCAUGGCGCAGGAUCAAGGUGAAAAGGAGAACCCCAUGCGGGAGCUUCGCAUCCGCAAACUCUGCCUCAACAUCUGUGUGGGGGAGAGUGGAGACAGACUGACCCGCGCGGCCAAGGUGCUGGAGCAGCUCACGGGCCAGACCCCAGUGUUCUCCAAAGCUAGGUACACGGUUAGAUCCUUUGGUAUCAGGAGAAAUGAAAAGAUUGCUGUCCACUGCACAGUCCGUGGGGCCAAAGCAGAAGAAAUCCUGGAGAAAGGUCUAAAGGUGCGAGAGUAUGAGUUAAGAAAAAAUAACUUCUCCGAUACUGGAAACUUUGGUUUUGGGAUCCAGGAGCACAUCGAUCUGGGGAUCAAAUAUGACCCAAGCAUUGGUAUCUACGGCCUGGACUUCUAUGUGGUGCUGGGUAGGCCAGGUUUCAGCAUCGCAGACAAGAAGCGCAGGACAGGCUGCAUUGGGGCCAAACACAGAAUCAGCAAAGAGGAAGCCAUGCGCUGGUUCCAGCAGAAGUAUGAUGGGAUCAUCCUUCCUGGCAAAUAAAUUCCCGUUUCUAUCCAAAAGGCCAAUAAAAACUUUUCAGUGAAAUGUA